AUGAGCUCUCCAACAGCCCUGAGGAAGACGGCUCUCUUCUUCCUCUUCUGCUGUUUUUCGGCAUGCACUGGAACUGGGAUGCCAGGUUCGGAUUAUAACCCUCAUCCUCGCUUCAUUUGCACACCGAUACCUGCAGAUGCAGAUCCCGGGUGCUUCCCGUCAGCAGGCGGCCCCAGUGCGGGUCACCACAGCGGGCCGAGCGCCAGCAGCAGCAACAGCUGGUGGGGAAUCUCAGAAGAGGCCAAAACCACAAUCCUGCAUCUGCGGGAGAGUUUAGUCCAGCAGAAAGAAACCAUCCUGGACCAGCGGGAGACCAUCCGAGAGCUCACUGCUAAACUGAACCUGUGCGAGGGCUUUAAUCGCGGGGUGGGCAACCAUGAUGAUCAUCCGCACCGCGCACCCACUCACCUGGCGCACCAUGCACAUCAUGCCUACCCCAGUGCACCGGAGCCUGGGCAUAUAGCAUGGGCACCACCACCCGACGCGCAUCAUGGUGGCCACGGGCUGGAGCUCAGCCAUUACGGGGAUGGAGCGCAUCACCGUGGAAAGGCAGCAGUGAGCGAGAAGCAUGUGACAGGGGAGAUUCCUUCACUUUCCUCCACACCAGAGCAGAUGAGCAGGAUGCUGGAGACCCUGAAGGAGCGCCUGGAGAACCUGCAGACGAGAAAUACAUCAGCCAGCUACUCCAGUUCCCUGAAGGAUCUGCUGCAGAGGAAGAUCAGCGCUCUGGAGCAACAGAUGCAGCAUCAUUCGUCUCCGCUGACCUCUGCCACUCACACUGACCACGCCGAGCAUGAUGACGGUCACCAUGACGACGAAGAUCACGAUCACGGCCAUCACGAGGACGGCCACGACGAUAGAGACCACGGCGAUACUCACGAUGACAGCCAUCACAGUGAUCGCCAUGACGAUGGUCACCACGAUGACGACCAUGACGACAGUCACCAUGACGAUGAUCACCACGACAACGGUCACCACGACAACGAGGUUUCCGAGCAUGGCUUCGAGAGGUUGUUGUAUGACCCACAGGGACAUCGAGAGUCGCAGGCUGGAGCUCACAGCAAACUGGACGCGGUUCUGAAUCAGCUGCAGCACAGGCUUACUGAGGGUCCAAGAAAGAAGAUUAAAUCUACUGAGGCCUUCCAGAUCGGCUUCCCCAUGAGAACCAACUACAUGUACGGCCGAGUGAAGCGCACGCUGCUGCACGAGAUCUUCUCCUUCACGCUGUGUCUGUGGAUGAAGGCUGGGAUCGGCCCAGGCCUCGGCACACCCUUCUCUUACUCCGUCCCGGGUCAGGCAAAUGAACUGGUGCUAAUUGAGUGGGGAAACAACCCCAUGGAGCUGCUGGUGGAUGACAAAGCGGUCACUUUACCCCUGUCGGUGAGUGAUGGUAAAUGGCACCAUGUGUGUGUGACGUGGUCAACACGGGACGGUCUGUGGGAAGCCUAUCAGGACGGGGUGAAGAGAGGAUCUGGAGAAAACCUCUCGCCGUGGCAUCCCAUCAAACCUGGAGGAGUCUUCAUACUGGGACAGGAGCAGGACACUCUGGGUGGACGUUUCGACGCGACGCAGGCUUUUGUGGGCGAAAUCUCGGAUGUGCAGAUGUGGUCUCACGUCCUCACCCCUCAUGACGUCUACAGUCUGGCCUCCUGCGGCGGUCACAUGACCGGUGACAUCAUCGCCUGGUCCGAGGCUUCGGUGGAGCUGCACGGCGGCGUCACCAAAUACCCCUUCGACCCCUGUCACUGAUCCCUCUGUUUUACCAGCCUGAUCUCACGAGGAAACGUAACUAUUUUACGUUUUGCCAGUUAAGUGGCUAA